UGUAUUUGAAUGUUUCUUUUUUUUCAGCUCCUGAAUUAUUUCUCUUUAGAUAAUCUUUGCAAUGACCAAAACUCUAUUUGAAAGAAGUUGUAUUUUAUGAUCAUAAUUCUGAACUGAGGUCCCUUCAAAUCAGUACGAUGGCAACAGCUCUGGAGCACCUAGUAUCUGAAGUUACUUCUCUCAUUGGUCAGAGCAAGUAUGGUGAUGCUGCCAAACACCUCCAAAAAAGUCGAGAUAUUUUAUCCAAGAACAGUGGGCAUCUGGACACAGUACUGGCGACUCUUCAACCUCAGAUUCACACCAUAGCUGUUGCUGCUGUGCUGCGUGCCAGACUUGCUGCUGCUGUACCGACCGACUCUGCCAUUGACACCUUGCAUGCAACUGUCGCUGAAUUUGUUGCUGUUUGUGACCCUGAACAGCUCAUCCAUGUGCAGGAUGCUAUGUGUGAGAUGCUGGAAGAAUACUGCCGACUCUUGGUUACGGGAGGCUGUCCGAUGCGUGGUAUUGAAGUUAUUAAUUCAGCGAUCCUACGACUACAAGCCCACAACUCAAGCCACCACCUGACGGGGGCCCACCCGCUGCUGCUUUAUCUUUGCCUAGCUUCACAGUGCCUCAAGCCCGCCGUCGCGCUGCUCGACCAGCAAAUUAUGGAUGUUGCUAAGGAGAGCGAAGGAGUGACGGUGAAGCAGUUCCUGCUGUAUCACUACUACGGAGGCAUGGUCUACACGGCCGUCAAGAGGUACGGCCGAGCUCACCACUUCUUCAAGAUCUGCAUAUCCACCCCCGCCCUGGCCGUGUCUCACAUCAUGAUGGAGGCUUAUAAGAAGUACAUCAUCGUCUCGUUGCUCAUAGAUGGCAAGGUUGGGAAGCUGCCGAAGUGCGCGUCAAUGGUGGUGCCGCGCUUCAUCAGGCCGCUGUGCCAGGUUUACCUCGACCUCAUCCAGGCCUUCCAGUCCGGCCCUGAGUCGCUCAGCCAGUACAUCCUCCAGCACGCGCCUACCUUCACGCGAGAAGGUAACUACGGGCUGGUGAAGCAGCUAACGUCAGCGCAGUUCAAGCAAUGUAUCCAGAAGCUGACACGCACCUUCCUCACCCUCUCCCUGGCUGACGUCGCCCUCAGAGUCAAGCUGCAGCUCCCAAAGCUGGCCCAGCAAUAUCUCCUGAACAUGAUAGAAGACGGGGAGAUCCACGCGUCCAUAAACCAGAAGGACGGCAUGGUGGUGUUUAAGGACAACCCUGAGCAGUACAACGCCUCGGACACCCUAGACCUUCUGCACGAGAGGAUGGAACGAGUGAUGGAGAUGGAGAAGAGACUGGUGGAGAUGGAGGAGGCUAUACAAAAGAACCCUUCUUAUAUCCACAAACUGAUGGGCCCCGUGGACGAAGACAUGCUGCCACAGCCCACAGCCUCCACGUCUGCUAUGUAGGAAUAGUGGUGCCGUAGUAGUGUCCGCGCCGCGUGCGUUACCUUCACGUUCGUUCCCAUGAAGAUACAACGCGUUGUACUCCACUCAAUUCACAGUUUUUGUUUCUUAUUUAUGUUCUCAAUCAUCGAUGUUUUUAUUUUCAAGAGGAAAUCUUUUUCAUUUUUUUCUAACUAUGUUUAUUUCUAAAAGAAUAGGAUAAAUGUUCAGUUUUUUCCUUAUUCAAUUGAAAUAUAUCAUUACCAUUUCUAGAGCUAAUUGGUGAUCCUAAUAAUAAAAAUGUAUGAGAUGA